AGUACUGAGAAGAUGUUGCACUCAUGGCUUCUGGAAUGAGAAGUUAAAGCAAAGCUCUAUCAAGCAUUCUGCAGAUGAACGCAAGCGAUCCCGUGGCACCAUUGAUUAGAAAAGAGAAGUCCUUCCGGAAGUUAUGGUCAAUAUUUAUUCCCGAACCAGUACCUGAGACAGUUGAUCAUCUGGCAACCGUAAUGUUGUUCUGGGGGAACUUGCGCGCAAAUUUGACUGCCGUUGUUUUCUACUUCAAAAAAAAAACGCACUUGCGCGCCUAUAGGACACAGCGAAAGGUUUUAAGCAUUGAUGCAUUACUAGAUAUACUAAGUUCAAGUUGCUCAAACAGGAGGAUCUCUUUGUAAUAUUGUGUGGUGUGGUAGGGUGUGCCUUUUCUUGGGUCUGUGGUUUGGACUAUUGCCUAGUGGAUGGGAGAGGGAGCAAUGUUCUCGCGAGAAGAGAUGAGCAGCCCGUCGCUGUUGGGGAGUAACGGCCAUUGCUCUGAGAGGACCCUCAGGUGAGACGCAGAGGAGAAGACGGCUGACAGUCGGUCACACGGGAUAUCUCCCAACGGCGCGACAACACGCACUCUCACCAACGCGGACACAAACCUAAACUCAAAAGUGGCAUCGGCCAUGGCGCUUGAGGUGAGCAGGCGCACUGGCAUCUGCCCCGGCUGCUGGAAUUAACUAAUAGCUGCCUCAAUUUGACAGAAAGCUGCCUGGUCAGCCAACGGCUCCGAUUCCACAGUCUCAAGCUAAAAGUACAACAUCGCUCAUCAGGUACCCCCAUUUUUUUUUCAAUUGCCUGUCUCAAUUAAGUUAACCUCUCACUUUUAUCGUCCGGAACUUAACAACAACUACCAAGUCACUCAGUGGGUGACUUUCGCCUCUGACUCUCAAAGUUCCGGGUUCAAGUCCUCCUCCCGGGCUUGAGUAAUAAAUCAAGGCUGAUACUCCAGUACUAUUUCGAGGAAGUGCUUCACUGUCGGAGGUGCCGUCUUUUGGUUAAACUAAGCUCCCCUACCCCAAACUCCCAUCUACCCCCUUACCCCUACGUCCCACUGCUUUUCGUGGGAGCUUGCGACGGCGGGUGUCUCUGGCUGGGCCAACGUUUGUUGCCUAUCCCUAAUUGCUCUUGAGAAGGUGGUGAUGAGCCAUAUAUAAUCACAGCCAAAUUCUGGGUACUUUGUGGUUGAAGCAUAUGUGAUUAUUUUCCUGUGGCGAAUCUAGACAUCAGUCGUGUCUUAAAUUCUGAUGCAAAGGCAGCUGACGUUCUUGGGAAGCAAAAUUUAGCAAAUAAAAGUGGAAACAUGUCACUCAAUUUGAAAUACAUUUCACUGGGAGUUCUAGUUUUUCAGACAACCAGCCUCGUGCUGACUAUGCGUUACUCACGUACAUUCAAGGAAGAAGGACCCCGUUACCUAGCAUCAACUGCUGUCGUAAUCGCUGAAAUGAUGAAGAUUGCAGCGUGCCUUUUAUUAGUCUACAAGGAUUCUAAUUACAGUUUUAAAGCACUAAAUAGAGUAUUAAAAGAUGAAAUUAUUAACAAACCAAUGGAUACACUAAAACUUGCCAUUCCUUCUGGAAUUUAUACACUUCAGAAUAACCUUCUUUAUGUAGCGUUGUCCAAUUUAGAUGCAGCGACAUACCAGGUUACUUACCAGCUGAAGGUUCUUACUACAGCUUUCUUUUCUGUGACGAUGCUUGGUAAAAACCUGGGUGUUUAUCAAUGGCUUUCGCUGUUAAUAUUAAUGGCUGGAGUCGCUCUUGUUCAGUGGCCGACAGACACCAUGGAAGAGGUAAAGCAGGAGCUCUCUGCAGGUUCGCAGUUUGUGGGUUUGAUAGCUGUGCUCAGUGCUUGUUUAUCCAGUGGAUUUGCAGGAGUUUACUUUGAGAAAAUCCUAAAGGGGACAAAACAGUCAGUUUGGAUUAGAAACAUUCAAUUAGGUUUGUUCGGAAGUAUAUUUGGAAUCAUGGGUGUAUAUGUAUAUGAUGGGCAACGAGUAAAAGAACAUGGACUCUUCCAGGGGUACAACAAAUUCACUUGGAUUGUUGUCACUCUACAGGCUCUUGGCGGUCUAGUAAUUGCAGCAGUCAUCAAAUACGCAGAUAACAUCUUGAAAGGCUUUGCCACAUCAUUAUCUAUUAUCCUUUCAACAUUGAUCUCUUACUUCUGGCUGCAAGACUUUGUGCCCACAAGUGUCUUUUUCUUUGGAGCCAUCCUGGUGAUAAUUGCAACAUUUCUAUAUGGAUAUGAACCCAAGAACAUCUCAGAUCCAAGCAAAGCAUGAUGCAGUGUCAAUCAGCACAGCACUCCAUUCAUUUGCGGGUGUAAAACUCACCAAGGAGUCUAAAUGCUCACACCUGGAGGCACUUGACUGUCCAAAAUAAUGUUCUUUAACUUACAUAAUUAUUAUGGAACUUGCAUUAUAAAUUUUAUGUGGGUGUAAGUGGGAAGUUAUAUGUAAUUUCAUAGGAUCUUGACAACUGUAUAGACUGAUGGCACUCUCAACCUUUAAAAUAUCAAUGGCCAAAUACAAAGCAGAUCAGUAGUUAAAACAAUCAUGCUUGAGCUCAGUGACAAAAAUAGACUAUGCAAUGUGAGAUCAGGGUUCACAAAUUGAUACAGUUUACAAAUAGAUUUUGGUUUUCUGAAAGCAAAAUGUUUUAAGUCAAAUUGAAAACAAGUUUACAAAUUCAAGCAUGUUCAUUUUCAAGUAUGUGAAUAAAUGAAGGGUGUUCUAUAUCUGUUUCAAUAAAAUCAUGAUAUUUUAGUCCAAAACCUGCAAACCACAGCUUUGUUUAAAACAAAAAAAAAUGAAACUGCCAUGUGUUGCUGAAAGUUGACCUUUCCUUUGUCUUUUUGAAAGAGCAAAGUGGCCAUUUUAUUUCUGUGCUGCUGGUUCCACUUUUCUGCAUUAGACUGGACCAAACCACGGAAUCUGAUUUCCAAAAUGGUUAAAAACUCCAGAACUUUGUGAUUGAAAAAUUGAUUUGCUUAUCACAACAAGUUGGUGAACAUGGAUAUAAAUAUUGCAUCAAAUAGUCUGUAACAAUUUCACUGUUUUGGAAAAAAAUCUUAUUUGUCUGCAUUGUUUGUAGUGAAAAAGUCAACGUAGAGUGGUUAGUCUGACUGAAUGUGACUCAAAAGUUGUUAAUCUGUUUCUGGUAAUUAAUACUGUUUCUGAAAAUUUUGAUUUCAAUUUUUCAAAGACAACCUAUCCUAAAUCUAUACCUUAAAUUUUCUGCUGUGAAAUGACUGGUACUACCAGAAUAAUAUGUUGACAGAAACCUUGAACAGGCAACAUCACUGACAUAUUUAGCAACGUGAUCAUAGUUAAUGUUUGAUGUAACAGAAAUAACUGAUCCUUUAAACUGUAUUCUCUACACUGCAUUGUUUUCCUUCAAUUUAUAAUCACUUUGUCUUUAAUUUUGUGUGUAUAAUCUGAACACAGUUUAAAGAUUAGUAUUUGAUUUGUGAAUGUUAUAUUUUAAUAGAGGUCUUACAAGAUUUAUAAAAGGAAACACUCUCAAAUUUCUUGUUUGGUUUAUAGCAUCCUUACAGUAAGUCCUCAUUUAUACUGGUGGUUGCAUUCCUAAAAAUCAUGACUUCCAAGUGAAACAUUAAACCAAUCUUAAAAUUGUAGCUAGAUUCAGUAGGACCUUCCUUCUCAGAAAAAUGUUAUUAAAAUAUUAUACCCUUUAAGUUGAAAUAUUUUAUACUGCUAAAUUAAAUAACUUGUUAAAAAUAAACUUAAAAUGAGAAAAUGUAGCUAGUUACUUACAGUAUCUUCUUUUCGACAAUGAUCCUACUUUAAGAUGCUCCAGCUGUCUGAUUCUCCUUGUCGCUCACCCUCCCGCUCCUCACCCCUGCAAUUUGCAGUCUUGCCCCUAUUCCCUGAUCUCCAAAUUAUGGCCUCCGAUCCUCUUGCCACUUCUUUUCCCAUUGAAGAUCCAGGGCCAUUUGGAGAUCUGAUUUAGUGGAAGUGCAAUUCUUCAUGGUUCUGAAAUUAUAGGGAUUUUACAAUAAUGUUUUUAUAAGGUCCAUCUCCAUGUUUACCUCUCUUGAACCCUCCCUGUGAGCAAGGUCUUAGGAGAUGAGCAGUGUGGCAGGAGCAGCUUUGUAAGUUAUUUUAAGAAAAUGGACAGCAAGCUUGCAUGCAGAUCUGAAGGGAAAAGGGGCCAUGCAAGUUAUUAAUAUGCUAUAUGUUUAGGUCUUUCCACAUUAGAUUCCCUUGUUCUCACCAUAACACAAUGCAAUGUUUUCUUUAGAGAUGAUCCUUUAACAAGAAUGUAGUUAUUUUUAGGGUGAAAAAUCAUUUGUAAACACACACUAUUCUAGGAACAGAGACAUGUCCAUUUGUUUCAUACGUUAUUGUU